AUGCCUUCACAUCUAUGCCAUCUUGCUCAUCUUCAACUUUUAAACCUCGCAUUAAACCAAAUCUCUAGAAGUAUACCAAAAUUUCUCAACAAUAUAACUGCUUUGACUCAAAAAUUGAGCUCAAGCACCACCAUCACCCAUGUGUAUAUUGAAAUUCUGGGCAUGACACUAUAUUCAAUUAUAUAUGACGACCAAGCGCUUUGGACGUGGAAAGGAAGCGAGCAUGAGUACAAGAAUAUCCUUGGACUAUUAAAAAGCAUUGAUCUCUCGAGCAAUAAAUUAACUGGCACAAUUCCUCAAGAAAUUAUAGAACUUGUUGAAUUGAUAUCUUUGAAUCUCUCAAGAAACCAUUUAUUUGGACAAAUUGUUUCAAAUAUUGGUGCAUUACAAUUUUUAGAUUUCUUGGAUCUAUCUAAGAACCAGCUUUCCGGUAGAAUUCCUUUCAGCCUUUCUCAUAUUGAUCGUCUAAGUGUCUUGGACUUGUCAAACAACAAUUUGUCCGGAAAAAUUCCUACAAGCCCUCAACUUGAUACCUUUAAUGCAUCCUCAUAUGAGGGGAAUCCAAAUCUUUGUGGAGCCCCACUCCCAAAGAAAUGUUUGGGAGAAGGAAUAGCUCAAAAUCCAGCCAUGAACAGGAGAAGAGAACAUGCUAGCAUGCAAGACAAGAAAGAAGGGUUUAUAUCACUAGAAUUUUAUGUUAGUUUGGCACUUCGAUUUAUUGCAGGUUUCUGGGGAUUUGUUGGCACAUUACUAUUGAAUAUGUCUCUGCGAGUCGCCUAUUUCAGAUUCUUGAACAAUUUUAAAGAUAGGUUUUAUGUUGCAAUAGAAGUGAAUAUGGCCAGAUUUCACUGUGUAGGUCCUCUUUGUUUCCAUUGUGUUAAGGUAGUUUAA